CAACUUGCACCUGCUUCCCCGCGAACCCCGACGACACAGUGGUGUUAUAAUCGCCUGAUCCUCUGCAUUAUCAGACAGGGUUUCAUGCCGAAAUAUCAAAUACACUCCCUCUACCUCAGUAAAGCGAACCAUUCCGAUUCAAUUCCAUUGAUUUGCGAGCUUCCGACAUGGCGCGCUCAAAUGCUUCCAAACUUGCCCGGGUCGCCUACCGCGGUUUGCAGACCACACGAGUCUCGCGCGGGACCAUCCCAAGUCUCUCUGCGACGCCAGCAAUUCUGCACUAUGUGCCUAGGCCCACUACCGGCCUCACAGCAAGUCGGUUCAUCUCGAACAGCUCCGGCCGCAAGGGCAUCACACCGGACGACAAGGCGCCGAAGCCCAUAGAAACCCCGCCCGUGACUAAAACCCCGGCCGACAUAAGUGAUGCCGAAUACCACACGGUUGCGGACGAGUAUCUUGAGAAGCUUCUCACCCAGCUGGAGGUGAUGCAAGACCAGCGGGAGGACGUCGACGUCGAGUUCUCCGCGGGCGUCUUGAACCUCGACCUCGGCCCCGAAGUCGGUACCUAUGUAAUCAACAAGCAGCCGCCUAACAAGCAAAUUUGGCUGUCGUCCCCCAAGACGGGCCCGAAGCGCUACGACUACGUCAUUUUCGGCGAGGGGCAGCACGAGAAACAGGACACGGCUACGGGCGACUGGGUGUACCUUAGGGACGGCUCCACCCUGAAUGAUCUGCUUAAGAGCGAGAUUGGUAUCGACUUCGGGGUGUCCGACGCUGAGCUUGGUGGCUAGCGGCCCUAGGCGGCGUUUUGGAGAGGCUUAGGCACAUCCGAGGGGCUGAGGCUUGGGCGCUGUGUUUUGAUAUUAAUUAUUUCCAGCUGUUAGUCAAGGCGAUGGUUUGGGGCCGAUCCCUAAGCGGACGAGCGCGCCGAGUUAUCCAGUCUAACGGGGGCCGGUGUUCUAGUGUUGAACCUGUAGGAUACUAGGUUUAUUUUCAUGCUUCAAAACCCGAGAUUCCCGCCCCUUACGCCGCCGCACUUUUAGCUCGUCGAGCAAUUAGCCACGCCGAGUCUAAUCUAUCCAUGGG